AUGGACUCGCAAGAAUACAUACCACAGUACAAACUCAUUUUAGUUGGGGAUGGUGGUGUAGGAAAAACCACAUUUGUGAAGAGGCAUCUUACGGGAGAGUUUGAGAAGAAAUAUAUUCCAACCCUCGGUGUGGAGGUGCACCCACUGAAGUUCCAAACCAACUUUGGGAAGACCCAAUUUAACGUGUGGGACACGGCCGGCCAGGAAAAGUUCGGAGGGCUGAGAGAUGGCUACUACAUCAAGAGUGACUGCGCGAUUAUUAUGUUUGACGUGUCCUCUCGAAUCACCUACAAGAACGUCCCCAACUGGUACAGAGACAUUACCCGAGUCUGUGAGACCAUCCCGAUGGUCUUAGUGGGAAACAAGGUAGACGUAAAGGACAGGCAAGUGAAGUCCAGACAAAUACAAUUCCACAGGAAAAGAAAUUUGCAAUAUUAUGAUUUGUCUGCAAGGUCAAAUUAUAAUUUUGAGAAACCAUUUCUUUGGCUAGCCAGAAGGUUAUCUAACCAGCCAAACCUCGUGUUCGUAGGAGAGCACGCCAAAGCUCCCGAAUUCCAAAUUGACCUGAACAUUGUCAGGGAGGCAGAGAAGGAGUUGGAGCAGGCGGCGGCGGUGGCCAUCGACGAGGAGGACAUAGAAAACUGA